AAGUGAACUAGGCACAUGACAAGUCGAGCUACGUCACUGUGCAGAGAUCCUAUAUAUACAGUUGCCGUGGCAGUUUUCCGCAGUUCUUUCCGACACAGCAGAAAGCGGAGGAAAAGGUUAUAUUUAUCACAAGAAGCCGACUUUUCGUCGAAAUAUAAAAAAAGAUGCAGAUCUUUGUGAAAACCCUGACUGGCAAGACCAUCACCCUUGAGGUUGAGCCAAGUGACACCAUUGAGAACGUGAAGGCCAAGAUCCAAGACAAAGAAGGCAUUCCCCCAGACCAGCAGAGGCUGAUCUUUGCCGGCAAACAGCUGGAAGAUGGACGCACCCUGUCCGACUACAACAUCCAGAAAGAGUCCACCCUCCACCUGGUGCUCCGCCUCAGGGGUGGCAUGCAGAUCUUCGUGAAGACCCUGACUGGCAAGACCAUCACCCUUGAGGUUGAGCCAAGUGACACCAUUGAGAACGUGAAGGCCAAGAUCCAGGACAAAGAAGGCAUUCCCCCAGACCAGCAGAGGCUGAUCUUUGCCGGCAAACAGCUGGAAGAUGGACGCACCCUGUCCGACUACAACAUCCAGAAAGAGUCCACCCUCCACCUGGUGCUCCGCCUCAGGGGUGGCAUGCAGAUCUUUGUGAAAACCCUGACUGGCAAGACCAUCACCCUUGAGGUUGAGCCAAGUGACACCAUUGAGAACGUGAAGGCCAAGAUCCAAGACAAAGAAGGCAUUCCCCCAGACCAGCAGAGGCUGAUCUUUGCCGGCAAACAGCUGGAAGAUGGACGCACCCUGUCCGACUACAACAUCCAGAAAGAGUCCACCCUCCACCUGGUGCUCCGCCUCAGGGGUGGCAUGCAGAUCUUCGUGAAGACCCUGACUGGCAAGACCAUCACCCUUGAGGUUGAGCCAAGUGACACCAUUGAGAACGUGAAGGCCAAGAUCCAGGACAAAGAAGGCAUUCCCCCAGACCAGCAGAGGCUGAUCUUUGCCGGCAAACAGCUGGAAGAUGGACGCACCCUGUCCGACUACAACAUCCAGAAAGAGUCCACCCUCCACCUGGUGCUCCGCCUCAGGGGUGGCAUGCAGAUCUUCGUGAAGACCCUGACUGGCAAGACCAUCACCCUUGAGGUUGAGCCAAGUGACACCAUUGAGAACGUGAAGGCCAAGAUCCAGGACAAAGAAGGCAUUCCCCCAGACCAGCAGAGGCUGAUCUUUGCCGGCAAACAGCUGGAAGAUGGACGCACCCUGUCCGACUACAACAUCCAGAAAGAGUCCACCCUCCACCUGGUGCUCCGCCUCAGGGGUGGCAUGCAGAUCUUCGUGAAGACCCUGACUGGCAAGACCAUCACCCUUGAGGUUGAGCCAAGUGACACCAUUGAGAACGUGAAGGCCAAGAUCCAGGACAAAGAAGGCAUUCCCCCAGACCAGCAGAGGCUGAUCUUUGCCGGCAAACAGCUGGAAGAUGGACGCACCCUGUCCGACUACAACAUCCAGAAAGAGUCCACCCUCCACCUGGUGCUCCGCCUCAGGGGUGGCAUGCAGAUCUUCGUGAAGACCCUGACUGGCAAGACCAUCACCCUUGAGGUUGAGCCAAGUGACACCAUUGAGAACGUGAAGGCCAAGAUCCAAGACAAAGAAGGCAUUCCCCCAGACCAGCAGAGGCUGAUCUUUGCCGGCAAACAGCUGGAAGAUGGACGCACCCUGUCCGACUACAACAUCCAGAAAGAGUCCACCCUCCACCUGGUGCUCCGCCUCAGGGGAGGACAGUAAAUGUCCUAUCGCAUUAAAUGCACAAAAGUUUAAAGUCUGUAAACAUGCACCUUUUUUUUUUUAUUAUUAUUAUUUACCCAUUGCUUGUUUUACUCAAGUGUAACAAAUUUAAGUGACCAAUAAAAUGUUCUGCAUUGAAAAGAUGUUUAUUUUUUUGCAACUUAAUAUAGUAAUGUCUAAGUGUUGGGGUGUUUGCGUUUCUCUUGCCACUGUUAAGUUGAUUUCAUAUGCUUUAAAAUUACUUGACCUGAUUGGCAGUGAUGCUGCUUAACAUUGAUGGUUAAUAAAUCUUGAAUAUCCUGAACUGAA